AUGCCGGCCAAACGUUCCUACGAUGAUGUCGACCAGAACGGCUCCAGACCUUCCUCUCCGGACACACAGGAUUCGAUACUUAACAAGAAUGCGACACCGCCGACACAGCCUUCCAACAUCAGCGCAAGAGCCCAAGGCAAGCAGCGCCGCCUCAGCUUCGUCGAGGAGAAUGGGGACUAUGCCUCGGCAUCCACAUCCUCGCGGCCACGUGCCCUUCCUAGCACAUCGACCGCUCGUUUCGUUCCAGGUCUGCAGACAUUCGUCGGAGGAUUGCAAAUGUCCCAAGAUUCCUCGGUGCCGCAAGCAGAGGAUACAGCGGUACAACAACGGCGACCUUCUGCAUCCCGAAGGUCGCUCGAUUCACCGGACGCCAUGCAGCCUCUCAUGAUGAGUCGCAAUGCCGAUGGAGAGCGCCGAGCCAGUCAGGCCAUCGAACGUCGUCGAUCAGAGGCAACUCUUGCGGUCGCUCGUCGGGAGUCGCUCGUGGCUCAAGAGGCACAGCUCGUGCCUGGCGUAUCCCCUGGUUGGCACGUUGAAGCUCACGGUCGUCAGGCCAUGGAAUUGCAAGACGGCAUCCGCUCCCAAGACGAGGAUGGCUGGACACCGCUCGAAGCGUUCCCGGCCUCGACGCGUCAGGGAAAGCUAGCUGUCAAACGUGCCAAGUUGCGGCGACGGCUGCAGCAACAGCGACACGAGCCAUCGCACAAUCGACCUCACCAUGCUCAGGACGAAAAGGAUCCCACCUCUUGGCCUGCAUCGUCGCACGCUUCGAUACCCACCAUCUCGGUUGAGACCGCGUCGAGCAAGGCAUGCACCACCAUCCAUCCCCCUUUGCCCCCCUCAGUCGCAUGGUUGGACGUCGAGAUGAAAGAUGACAUGCCCAGCCAUCUUUCGGUCCUCAUGCAGACGUCAUCGUCUCCGGAUGACCCUCAUUGGGCCUUGGCGUCAACUUCAGCGUCCCCUCUGUCAUCAUCUUCCGCUGCCACGACGCUCUCUACGCCGACGUCAUUCCCAGAGCAAUCAACCGAAACUGCAAACGCUCCGUCCUCUGCCCACGAAGCUUACUCGCUUUCGGACUUCGAGGUCAUCGACACCCUGGGGACGGGUACCUAUGGACGAGUGCUACUCGUACGUCUCAAAGACCGAGACGUCAUGGAUCGCUCGGCCUACUUCGCGCUCAAGGUGCUGGCUAAGACCGCUGUUGUCCAGCUCAAGCAAGUCGCGCACCUCAACAGCGAACGCAGCAUUCUGACCAAGGUGGACCACCCUUUCCUUGUCAACAUGAUCGCCUCGUUCCAGGACAGCAGGAACUGCUACAUGUUGAUGGACUACGUCGUCGGGGGAGAGAUCUUUUCCUACUUGCGCCGAGCCGGUCGAUUCUCGGCAGACGUCGCACGCUUCUACAUCUCGACCAUCGUGCUGGCCAUCGAGUAUCUGCACGACAAAAAGAUCGUCUACCGAGACCUGAAACCAGAGAAUCUUCUGAUCGACUCGAACGGCUAUACCAAGAUCACCGACUUUGGCUUUGCCAAGGAGGUCGAAGAUCGUACCUGGACACUCUGCGGGACGCCCGAGUACCUGGCGCCAGAAAUCAUCCAAAGCAGUGGUCAUGGGACGGCGGUCGACUGGUGGUCGUUGGGCAUCUUGCUCUUCGAGAUGCUGGCUGGCUAUCCGCCUUUCUACGAUCCCAACCAACUCGCGAUGUACGACAAGAUCGUGGUAGGCAAGCUGGUCUUCCCUGACGAAAUCGACUCUGUCUCGCGCGACCUCAUCUCUGGUCUACUCACUGCGGAUCGCAGCAGGCGGCUUGGCAAUCUUCGUGGCGGUGCCACCGAUAUCAAGAAUCAUCCGUGGUUCUCCGGUGUCGACUGGAAGGCGUUGCAAGAAGGCCGCAUCCCUCCUCCCAUCGUGCCUUAUUUGGGACGUCCAGGCGACACGUCCAACUUCAGCGCGUACCCGCCAGCGAGGCCGAGUACUAUGCCUGGUCUCUUCGGUACUGAUCGAGGUCAUUAUGACCCUCGUGACGAUCUCUUCCCCGACUUUUGA